AUGUUUACGAUUUUUUUUAUAUAUUUCGUAUCUUCAUUGGACGAUAUUGUAUCUAGGAAUCUUCUCAGUCGGAAUAAGAACUAUUACGGCGUGUGGGAAUACACUGGCUCAACGAUUUUAUGGGAUUCACAUAUUUAUCUCUACAAUAACCAACCAAAAUCCAUUGGUGGCUUUUAUUUUUCAAAUAAACUUCCAGAUGAUUGCUGGAAUUCAACAAUAUCUCUCGAUUUUGAUCAAAAAUCAAAUGAAGCCAAAUCAGGAAUUUGGAUUACAAAGAAUUUCGGGCCUGAAGGAUAUAUAUGGGGAGGACCUUCUGUCUUUACAGGUCUCGCAAUACUUAUUACUUCGAAUAAUAACACCUUUAAAAUUGAUUUACACGAAAAUCAAGGGAAAGCAUUAAAAAUACAGAAAGUUUCUUUUACGAAAUCGAUUGAAACUAAAAAUAAGACACUUGUAUUUUACUUAUCCCUAAAUAAUCAGACAUUUAAUAUCAAAUUCGAAAAUAAUAAUCAAAAAUACGAUUUUGCUACAAAGAAAUUAAAUUACUCCAUCAAAAAGUACUGGUUUGGGCUAACAGGAAUGUCACCAAACGAUACUUCAGCUCUUAGAGUUAAUUCGGUUCAAUUUUCCAGUAAUUAUUCAUUAUAUCUUCCAAUUUCGAUAGCCAAAAUAGAGAUACCAAAGAUAACAAUUACAAAUCCAACCAAAAACGAAGUAAUAACAGCAAAAUUAGUUUUUGAUAAAAUUGAUUUAUUCCAAAAGAAGAUUUACGAUCUUUCGACACUAACUUAUGUUUCUAAGUUGAUCAGUCGCACAGUUAUCAACGCAACUGAAGUCUGGCAAACAAGAUCAAUGUCCAUGAUCAAAGAAUGCCCAAAACUCGUUGAUAACCUUAACAAAACACUCAGAACAUCAUAUCUAAUGAUUGAACAAGUCGAAAACGAAAUCCACGAAGAAUUAUUAGAUUUAAUUAAAGAUGUUCAAAAUGUAACAGCAGAAUUGUAUUACAGCAUCAUGUUUGAUACUGACAUUGAUAUGAAUGUCGGAAAACAUGCUCAAAAUCCCGUAGGAAAAGGUUUUAUGAAAAUAUUAUUUUAUUUCGCAAUAAUUGAAGUUACAAUCUUCGUGAUUUUAGCUUUAUGGAAGAUAUGCGCUUCAUAUUGUUCUUUGUAA